AAGCCCAAACUGGUUCAACCAAAUCCAGAAUUCUAUUUCAGAUGUAGAAAUGGAAUUCAAAGACUACAAUAGUUUCAGUUUGGAUUGGGACGACCAUUUCACUGAAGACGUGAUCCGAUUAAUGGAUGCCAUUGAAGCCACUCCUCCUACUCCUCCUUCUCCUCCUUCAUCUUCUCGCAAGAAACGCAAGUCCGCCGUCCAUCAUCAAGAUAACCUCAAAACCAGCCGCCAAUUGCCCCAUUCUAUUCUCUCACCCCCGCCUUCUUUUCCGUCUUCCUUCGCUCGUUGUCAAUCUAAUACAAGGCUUAGAUAUCCGCCGUUGAGAUUUGGAGGUCAUAUUUUGUAUAGCUUUACGGAAGAUGAGGUAGAAAAUGCUGCAAUGGAGCUAUUAAAAAUUGUUGAAAUUAAGAAGAAAGAAAUGGGUCAAGUUGCUUUAGGGUUUGAUAUUGAGUGGAAGCCCUCUUUCCAAAAAGGAAUUUUGCCUGGGAAGGCUGCGGUGAUGCAGAUAUGUUGUGACAGUCAGUAUUGUUAUGUGAUGCAUAUUUUUCAUUCUGGCAUACCUCAAAGUCUGCAGGUUCUUCUUGAGGACUCCGAAAUUAUAAAAGUUGGAGUUGCAAUUGAUGGCGAUGCUGUCAAGGUGUUCAGUGACUAUAAAGUAUCUGUUAAUGCUUUGGAAGAUCUUUCAGAUCUAGCGAAUCAAAAAUUUGGUAGUAAUUGCCGGCACUGGAGUCUUGCUGCUCUGACAGAGGAGUUUAUUUGCAAAGAGCUUCCGAAGCCCAAGAAAAUUAGGCUGGGAAACUGGGAGUUAUAUCCUUUAUCCAAUGCGCAACUACAGUAUGCAGCAACUGAUGCUUUCGCUUCAUGGCAAAUAUACCAGGUCUUAAAGAGCCUUCCUGAUGCAGUGAAGGAUCCGGCAGAUAAACGAAGUGAAACCAUUUCAUCUCAAUGAUUUUCAUAGUAAGUUUGAUAUUGUGCUUGCCGUUAGUCGGUUUUAAGUCAAGGCAGUUUGUUUAGGCCAAGAAACAAAGAGGUAAAGUAUUUUAUCUAGUUGGUAAUUGCAUGUGUUUGUUUUUGGCCACUUUCGAAUUCCUUGUUUAUAUGCAAUUGUUGUAUAUGAUUUAAUGUUGCAGCAAAGAUGAUCUGCAUCUCUAUUUAUGAACAAAUAUUGUAUUUGUUAAUUCAACAUCAUCUAAUUUGUACUUUUCAUGCGGCUUAAAA